GAAAGUCAUAGACUGAGACCAUUUCCUAUAUUUAAUGUCUUGUUUUUUGUAUGAAUAGCUGCUGCGCUCUUUGAAAACGAGAGAGAGAGAAAGAGGGUUUCUGGAUUGGAAAAGAGAGCGAGAGUGGUUUGGAAUCAGAGAGCAGAGGAAAAGAAGAGAGAGAAAGAGAUGGCGAAGGAGAGAGAAGAAGAGGUGUAUGUGGGAGCCAUAGAUCAGGGGACUACGAGUAGCAGGUUCAUUAUCUAUGAUGGCAACGCCAAUCCAGUGGCCUCGCACCAAGUGGAAUUCACUCAAUUCUAUCCUGAGUCAGGGUGGGUGGAGCAUGAUCCGAUGGAGAUAUUGGAGAGCGUCAGAGAUUGUAUGGAGAAGGCGUUAGAUAAAGCGACGGUUGCAGGCCACAAUGUGGAGAGUGGACUUAAGGCGAUUGGUAUAACGAAUCAGAGGGAGACGACUCUGGUUUGGAGCAAAUCAACAGGCGACCCUCUCUACAACGCCAUUGUUUGGAUGGACGUUAGGACCAGCUCCAUCUGCAGGAGACUAGAGGAAUCACUCCCAGGCGGCCGAACCCACUUCACGGAAACAACUGGGCUACCGGUUAGCACCUACUUCUCAGCCCUAAAGCUCAUUUGGCUCCUAGAAAACGUCGAUGCUGUCAAGGCUGCAGCCCAAUCUGGUGAUGCCCUCUUUGGCACCGUUGAUACUUGGCUCAUUUGGAACCUCACAGGUGGAGUGCACAAGGGUGUCCAUGUCACUGACUGCUCAAACGCGAGCCGCACAAUGCUCAUGGACCUCGCUACCCUUACCUGGCAUGCCCCCACCCUCGAGACCCUAAAAAUCCCCCCCUCUCUCCUCCCCAGAAUCAUCAGCAAUGCCGAACUCAUCGGCCGCAUUGCCAAGGGCUGGCCGCUGGUGGGCACCCCCAUUGCUGGGUGCCUUGGUGACCAGCAUGCUGCGACCCUUGGCCAAGCAUGCAAGCCUGGUGAGGCAAAAAGCACUUACGGGACAGGUGCCUUUAUACUCAUAAACACUGGUCUCUCACCCAAGCACUCAAAACAUGGUUUAUUGAGCACCAUAGCCUACAAAUUAGGGCCAAACAAGCCCUCAAGUUAUGCACUCGAGGGGUCAAUUGCCAUUGCAGGGGCAGCUGUUCAAUGGUUGAGAGAUGGGUUAGGGCUGAUUAAGACGGCAUCGGAGAUUGAGGGAUUGGCAGAGCUGGCAGGGGAGGAGGGUGCGGGAGGGGUUUAUUUUGUUCCGGCCUUUGGGGGUUUGCUUGCUCCGUGGUGGAGGGAUGAUGCAAGGGGGGUUUUGGUGGGGAUGACAAGGGCCACUAGCAAGGCUCACAUUGCAAGGGCGGUGUUGGAGAGUAUGUGCUUUCAGGUGAGGGAUGUGGUGGAGGCAAUGAGGGCAGAUGCAGGGGAGGGGGAGGGGUUCGUGCUGAGGGUGGAUGGGGGGGCUACAGUAAACAAUUUGCUCAUGCAGCUCCAGGCGGACCUGUUGGGAAGUCCGGUGCUAAGACCAGCAGACAUUGAGACCACAGCUCUGGGUGCAGCCUAUGCAGCUGGGCUUGCAACUGGUGUUUGGACGGAGGAUGACAUCUUUACCUCUGGCAACAAGGCAUCUAAUGACACCGUCUUCAACCCGAGAGUCUGUGAAGAGGAGAGAGACAGGCGCUUCAAGUCUUGGCACAAGGCAGUUGAGAAGAGCUUCGACCUUGCAGAUCUUGCUUGAUGAAAAGUUGCUUUCUUUUGCUUCUCUUAUCUAAGUGCUCUGCUUUUUUCUUUCCUUCACUUACCAGUAUAUGGCAGAUAAAGAACAUUGAUGGUCAAUUGAUCGAGAUUAUGCUCUCCAUUGAAAGAGA